AGGGGGAGAGCGGCAGGGCUGAUAAAGCGCGUCUGCCCGGAGGGGUGGAGAGGAGGGCAGAGACAGGCAGAGGGCAGGACUGGCAGGGUGCGGCUGCUUCAGUAGCAUCUGAGCUCAGGUCACUUCCAUUUCCAUCUCAACUGAGAGCCGCGCGCCACAGCGCAGUAGUCAAACAGCCGAGCCGGGAGCCAGAAACCGCUGCGGGGACGCGCACUCUGACCGCGGCUCUGCGCAACCAGGACCCGCCUGCAGGCGACUCUAAACACGCGUGCCAAGAUAAACGGAACUUCUCUAUUUAUUCCCCCUGUCUCCGCUUGGACUGAGAGAAACACAGUUUUACAGACCCGCGAGGUGAACCGACGAGCUGGCACCAACUUCACCGCUUGAGGAACCCUACGUUUGCCGGAGUGUCUUUCCGUGCGUAAAAGGAUGGUGAGCGCCAGGUGUCCUAAUAGACCGAUCCUCCUCCCCCUCCGGUGAUCUUGCGCGGGGACUGAAGCUGAGAUUGGGGGGAGGAGGGUCGCUUUACCCUACUCUUCAGCAUCUUUGACACUCCAUCUUUUGGAGUGCCCGCUGGCACCGGUUGGCAUGAGACUCUCCACAGCGGCGGCGCUCCUCACCGGCUUCAUCUUGGCUUUCUCGCCGGCGUACGACAGCUGUGGACCGGGCAGAGGUCACGGCAAGAGACGGACUCCAAGGAAACUCACGCCUCUCGCCUAUAAGCAGUUCAGUCCAAACGUUGCCGAAAAAACGCUGGGAGCCAGUGGGAGAUAUGAGGGGAAGAUAACCCGCAACUCCGAGCGCUUUAAAGAGCUCACGCCCAACUACAACCCAGACAUCAUCUUCAAGGAUGAGGAGAACACAGGUGCGGACCGCAUGAUGACGCAGCGCUGUAAGGAUAAGCUGAACUCCCUGGCCAUCUCAGUGAUGAACCUGUGGCCUGGCGUGCGUCUGCGUGUGACGGAGGGCUGGGAUGAAGACGGCCAUCACGCUGAAGAGUCUCUGCAUUAUGAGGGCAGGGCGGUUGACAUCACUACCUCGGACCGUGACCGGAAAAAGUAUGCCAUGCUGGCUCGUCUGGCAGUGGAGGCCGGCUUCGACUGGGUCUACUACGAAUCCAAAGCCCACAUACACUGCAGUGUCAAAUCAGAGCACUCAGUAGCAGCAAAGACGGGUGGCUGUUUUCCUGGAGGGGCUUUGGUGACAAUGAAGGAUGGCACUCAUAGACCAAUCCAAGACCUACGAGCAGGAGACCUUGUUCUGGCCUCGAUGGGAAGUGACGGGACUGGCGAGCUCGUCUACAGCAAGGUCCUCACCUUCCUGGACCGUAGCCCCAUUACUCAGAAGCACUUUUAUGUGAUCAGCACUGAGGAUGGGGCCAGCAUCUCCUUAACGGCAGCUCAUUUACUGUUUGUCUGGGUUGGAAACUGCUCCAAUGGGGGCCAGCCAAAGCCUGGAUCCCUCCGGACGAUAUUUGCCAGUGAUGCCCAGCCAGGGCAGUGUGUGCUGAUCGUCAAUGAAGGCAAACUCAGGAUGCGUGUUUCCCAGAUCUCUCAAGUGGAGGUGCGGGAGGACCGGGGGGCUUAUGCCCCACUUACUGCCCAUGGGACUUUGGUGGUGAAUGGGGUGAUGACCUCAUGCUACGCAGCGGUGAAUGAACCACAGCUAGCUCACCGGGCAUUUGCACCUCUACGCCUUUUGUACAGCUGGACCGGACCAGAUCGGAUCCUUAAGAACGGCCGACACUGGUACUCUCAGGUCCUACUCAGUGUGGGAACACUACUGCUAGACUCAGAACUCUUCCACCCUUGGGCCUUAGAAGAUCAUGAAAGAUGAUGGAUUGAAACAAACUCAGAGAUGAGUGAAGGGUGGGAAGACUGACAGAUGUAAACGACUGAACGCUCAGGGUUUAUGACUUAAGGGGAUAGUGCUAAGUGAAAGUCAUGACAUUUGUCAAGU